AGCCAACGAUCUGAAUGGGAUGUGCUAAAGCAGCACCACCGAUUCGUGCGAGAGGACGAGGAAGCAGCAGAUGUUAGCUGGGAGGAACGUUUGGCGCGUGCAUAUGAGAGCAAGCUAUUCAAGGAGUAUGCGCUUAUUGACCUGAAACACUUUAAGAGCAAACGUUUCGCGCUUCGGUGGCGCACAGCGACUGAGGUCGUCGAAGGCCUUGGGGAAGAGACCUGCGGAUCUUUGCGAUGCGCACACCAUCCCUCAGGCAGUGAAGCAGUAGACCUCAAGGCCUUCGAGCUUCCGUUCGUCUACGUGGAGGAUGGGGAGCGAAAGGAGGCGCUCGUCAAAGUUCGCCUCUGCACCAAGUGCGCAAAGAAGCUCACCUGGAAACCAGAGGAAGAGCGGGAGCGGGGGAGGAAGCGCAGCAUGUCUCCCCGACGUGAAAGCCAUCGGGAUCGUGGGGAGCAGAAAAGUCGUCGUGAUCGCGAUCAUGAACGAACCUCCGGACGACGGGAC